AUGAUAACGGGCACGGACUUUUACCACGUGAUGACCGCCGUGGUCCCCCUGUACGUGGCGAUGAUCCUCGCCUACGGCUCCGUCAAGUGGUGGCGGAUCUUCACCCCCGACCAGUGCUCCGGCAUCAACCGCUUCGUGGCCCUCUUCGCCAUCGUCGUCCUCCAGUGCAUCAUCUGGUACACCCUCAUGCUCUUCCUCUUCGAGUACAGGGGCGCCCGCACCCUCAUCGCCGAGCAGUUCCCUGACACGGCCGGGUCCAUCAUCUCGUUCCGGGUCGACUCGGACAUCAUCUCGCUCGACGGGAAGGAGCCACUGCAGACGGAGGCCGAGGUCGGGGACGACGGCAAGCUCCACGUCACGGUCAGGAAGUCGGCCAGCUCCAGGUCGGAGAUCUUCUCGCGGCGGUCGCACGGCGGUGGGCCGAACUCCGGGCUCUCGUUGACCCCCCGACCGUCGAACUUGACCAACGCCGAGAUUUAUUCGCUGCAGUCGUCGAGGAACCCUACGCCCAGGGGUUCGAGCUUUAACCACACGGAUUUCUACUCGAUGGUGAACGGGAGGAACGUGAGUCCCCGUCAGUCGAGUUAUGGGAACGCCGCCGGGUACGACGAGGAGGGAGGUUACGCGGGCCAGGCGCGGGCCAACGGUAUGUUCUCUCCCGGGCCUGGUGGCCCGAAAAAGAAGGGUGAAAAUGGCAAGGAUCUGCACAUGUUUGUCUGGAGUUCGAGUGCGUCCCCUGUUUCUGAAGGGGGUAUUCAUGUCUUCAGAGGCGGGGAUUAUGGGAAUGAGGCCAAUGUUGGGGCUCAUCCUAAAGAUUACGACGAUUUUGGACGCGAUAAAUAUAGCUUUGGAAACAAGCAGGGCCCGAACGGGACUGAGCAUGAAGGGCCCGUUUUGUCUAAACUCGGGUCGAGCUCGACUGCCGAGCUUCACCCGAAGGCUAGUGUCGAGACAAAGCCAACUGCAAUGCCGCCAACUAGCGUGAUGACGAGGCUUAUCCUAAUCAUGGUGUGGCGAAAACUUAUUCGAAAUCCAAACACAUACUCGAGUCUUAUUGGCCUCACCUGGUCUUUAGUCUCCUUCAAGUGGCAUGUUGAGAUGCCGGCCAUAAUAGCGAAGUCGAUAUCAAUUUUGUCGGAUGCGGGUCUUGGAAUGGCUAUGUUCAGUCUGGGGUUGUUUAUGGCAUUGCAGCCAAGAAUCAUCGCUUGUGGUAAAUCAGUGGCUGCUUUCUCUAUGGCCAUUCGGUUUUUAACGGGCCCUGCAGUUAUGGCAGCCGCUUCUAUUGCAGUUGGGCUUCGAGGCGUGCUUUUACGAGUUGCAAUUGUGCAGGCUGCUUUACCACAAGGGAUUGUGCCUUUUGUCUUUGCUAAGGAAUACAAUGUUCAUCCAGACAUACUUAGCACCGGGGUUAUAUUUGGAAUGCUGGUGGCUCUUCCCAUAACUCUAGUCUACUACAUCUUUUUGGGACUCUGA